AUAUGCCCUAAUGCGAAUCUUAAUUCUUGAACGCGCGGAAUUGCAUUUAAAACAACUCGUUUUACUUAAGUUAAACCAAGAAUUUGCUCGGCUAAAAGCCUACGCCUCGACAUGGCGGGGGAUCGUGCCUUGAGUUCCAAGCAAUUGGCGGGGCGCAUACACUCCGUGUACUGCAAAGAUUUCGUAUCCUACAGCGAGAUCACAUUCCAUCCGAAGCACUACCUAAACGUCCUGACCGGUCCCAAUGGCAGUGGCAAGUCCACCAUCGUGUCGGCCAUCAUUUUGGGCCUGGGAGGGGAACCGAUUCUCCUUGAUCGCUCCGCCAGCGUUGCCGACUACAUACAGAGCAACAAAUCCUCGGCCACCAUAAUUGUCCGUGUGUAUGGACGCACGCCCAACACCACGGAGACCUUUCGGCGCAUAAUAAACUCAAAGGGCUCGUCUACCUUCUCUGUGAACGACAAGGACACCUCCAAGAAAAACUUUCUGGCCGCCGUAUCAUCCUUUAACAUACAAGUCAGCAAUUUGUGUCAGUUCCUCCCGCAGGAUCGGGUUCAGGACUUCUCCAAGAUGAAUCCUCAAGAACUUUUGCUCAACACAAUGUCCUCCGUGUGUGACGAUGAGCUGACCAACAGCUUCAAUCGUCUAAAGCAAAUGCGCACAGAACAGGCGAAUGUCCAUGCUAAUCGGGAAAAAGAGAAAAGUGAUCUGGUUAAGAAGCAAAAACGAUUGGAACACUUACAAAUGACUGUGGCCCAGUAUAAAGAACGCGAAGAUGUCAAGCAAAAGCUGCAAGUAUACAGUGCGAAGAAAUUGUGGGUUGAGACUCAGGCUGGAGAAGCCAAAGCCGCAGAAAUGAAAACUCAAGUGAAAAACGCAAAAACUCACAGCGACAAAUUGAAGCACCAACAUGACAAAUUUGUUCAAGCCCAACAACAAAUUGAGAACGAAAAAGUGUCACUCAGAGAGGCCUUCUUGGAAAAGACACGCUUAUUAGAAAGAGCUGUAGCGCAGAAGGCGGCAAUUGAUGGUAAAAUGGACUCUUUGAAGCAAGGAAUUUACCAAAAAAAAUAUGAACUGGAGCAAAACAUUAAAAAAUCACAAAAAACGGCCACAGAGUGUGAUAACCUAAAGCAGUUGGUGGAAAAUAAAAUUUACGAGCUUGAAACCCUAAAUAAGAGCAGGCCUCAGAUCGUUUCGGAACUUGAAAGGGCCAAGGAAUCGUGCGCAGCGGCCCGCGGGAAAGCAAUGGAGCAGUACAGCAGACGGAGACAACUGGAGCAAAAACUGAAUGAUGAAAUGAUUCCUGAAAUUACUGCGUAUAAACUUAAAAUAGAGCGGUUGAGAAACGUCAAAAUGCAAAAGAUUAAUGAAAUAAGAGCGAAAAAUCCGAAUUUGGUUGUGGCCAUGAACUGGUUGGCUCAAAAUAAGCAAAGGUACAAAUCGAACGUUUAUGACCCAAUGAUACUUGAGCUUACAGUACAAAAUCAUGAGGAUGCAAAGUAUCUGGAAAACGUUGUGGCGCAGCGAGAUUUAUUUGCAUUUGCGUGUGAGGACAAGGGGGAUAUGUCGGAUCUGAUCAACGAGUUGUGUGUGAAGCAAAAAUUGGGAGUCAACGUUAUAUACUGCGCAUCAUCCGAUAGACUCGCGCACAGUCCCAAAAUUCCGAUCGAAGAUCUGCGCUCUUUCGGAUUUCGGUCAUACCUCGUGGAUCUUGUUACGGGACCAAUACCACUAAUAAACAAGCUGUGCGCUUCCUACUCCAUUCAUAAUAUACCAAUUGGAACAGAAGCUGUGGGCAAUUACACUUCAUCCAUUCCAAAAGCUAUCCGAGUUUAUUUCGGCGGCAGCAAGAAGUUCGUUGUGACCGCAUCCCGCUAUCGGUCGGACACUAUUCUCACUGAAAGUAGCAUUCGAGCGAAGAACCAACUUAUUACAGUGGACUCACAACAACUGGCCCUGGUGAUGAAACAGUGCUCCGAAGCAGUGAAAGAAAGCGACAGCAUUAAAAACGCAAUAACCCAGACCGACAAUGAAUUUGAACGAUUGCAAGCUGUUGCACACGAUGAGCAAGAGAAGAGACGAAAGCUUGACCAAAAAAUAGCCCAUUUUAAUAGCUUGAAAAUCGAAAUUGAAACGCUCCAGAAGAAGCUGGAAGCCCUGCGCAAUAGCGAUUCGCUAGACUGUCUUCAAACCAAUUUUUGUAAUAGUUUGCAUAAAGACUUGAAAAAAGUAAUCGAUGCUGAUGCGGAGUUGUGCUCCUGCUUGAAAGCUGUAGAACGACUUAUAAAUGAAAAGAAUGCGGCCCAAACAAAGGUAUCCAUUUAUAUGCUGCAACAUGAGAGUCAAAUUGAAGCCCUCAAGGAAAGCGAGGAACAGAGUAAAGCAGCAACCAGAGACUUUCAACAGUUGCUGCAAGGCUUAGAAAAUCAAAUUAGCGACGUUAACAAACGAAAGAGCGCUAUCCAGGGCCUGUGUGACGGAGAAAUUCCAACCAGUAGCAAAUUUCCUUUUAAGAAGGAAUUUAUGGAGCUGGAAAAUAUAGAUUUGCCCGAACUACGAGAGGCAAUUCAUGACUUUCAGGCACGAUUGGAGUGUAUGAAAAGUGUAAACUCCGAGGCCAUCAGCAGCUAUCAACAACUGCAAAAUGAAGUCAAAGAACUGGAGGAAGGAAUUCAAGAAUCUGUUAACCAAGCAAAGAGCAUCGAGUCUGGCAUGUCCAAUUUAUACGAUAAAUGGGAGCCCAAACUUAAUAGCUUGGUAGAAACAAUCAGUACCAAGUUCAGCGAAUUUAUGGAGUCCAUUGAAUACGUGGGAGAAGUUGUGUUAUCCAAAACCGACAAAUAUGACUUUGACUCAUAUGGAAUUCAGAUAAUGGUCCAGUUCCGGAGAGGUCUCCAGUUGCAGCCGCUGGACAAGUUUAUUCAAUCUGGUGGCGAACGCGCAGUCUCCAUCGCCAUAUACUCAUUGUCCUUGCAACAUGUCACUCAUGUGCCAUUCAGGUGUGUCGACGAAAUAAAUCAAGGCAUGGACGCUACAAAUGAACGUCACAUAUUCGACUUGCUCCUCAAAGAAGCCACCAAGCAUGGCUCGGCUCAGUAUUUAUUUGUAACACCUAAGUUGCUUCGAGACCUGAACUACAACGAACAUCUCUGUGUUUCCAUUGUUCACAACUCAAAAACUGUUUGCCAUGGCAUGCAAUUCCCGAUGACUUAGGCACUUUGGGUCAUCAAGAUUUAUUAUUUAUAUUUUGACUAACUGAAACAGUGUUAAAAAAAAAUUACUUCUUUUUAAUAUUAAACACUACAAAACAUAUCUAUUGAAUUUUGUCGAAUGUCCAACCUUGUGGGGACUCCUUUUCAAACUGUCGACCUAAUCGGAAUAAAAUCUGUAAGCCGGUAAACAAGUCCAAAGGCAAUGAUGCCUGACGAUUUGUUUUAUCAGAUUUCAAUUUGUCCUCGAUUUAAAACCCUACAACAGCACCUAUAUCUUAUUUCAUAUGUGAAAUGAUUUUAACACUACAAUGCCUUUGUACAUAUGUUUUUAAAAUAAAUAAAGAUAGGUGUCCAUAAUUG